GUCCUGAAUUAUCCCCACAGGUGAACCUCACCGAUACUUACUUCUUCAGGCGCUUAAAAUUCCCUCAAGCCCCUCGUCAAGGCAUCCAUCUCUAGUUUUAGCUUAUAACACUGCUGCAUCGUACGAUUUGUGGGGUGAGCCGGUGCCGGUUCCUCUCGUUAUCCGAAUCGCCACCAACCGACGGCUGACGCCUCAUCGCAUCCAUAACCUACAAAGUGGAUUUGUUCUGGGCUGAGAAUCGUGCGUCGGAAGGGGAGGCUGGAAAAGUACAGGGUCACAGAAUGUCUCAUCAGUCCUCGACCGUGGCCCCUUCGUUGAGCCCCAAGUUCUGUUUCAAUGAGAGGGCACUUCGAGAAUUCCUACGCCUCUCACGGUCGACAAUAGAUGAUUCGAUUACACAGAACCUGAACGCAUUGUAUACUCCGGCGCGGGACGGGUUUGACCCCUCUUCCACCGCAGCCCGGCAGGUAGACCCCACGGCGGAGCGAACAAUAGACCCGGCAGCUUGCGAAGGCUUCAAGGAUAAAGUGCUUUUCCCGUCCUGGCAAGCUCGAUCGGAUGUGCUGAGCUACUGCGCUGGGGUGGCAACAAGCCCCGACCCGGAUGAUCCGGACCUUCUUCUACGAGAGGUUGAGUCGGCCAAAGAUCGCGAGCGGGUUGUCGACGAGCGACUUGAUCCUUACUCUGCGCGGUUCUUCCCCCGCGAACCGCGAACGGAAUCUCUGGCACACCUUGUCCGGUAUCAAAGAAGCGUGGAGGACAUUAUUCGUGCGCGGACUUGGGGGCUUGUGACUGAUAGAUGCGAGAGCUCAUCGGAGAGCUGGCAAGAAGCACUGAACAAGUGGCGCGAAAUGAAACAGCAAAAUGUGUCGGACGUCUAACACUGUCUCUUUCUUGUCGUUGAUGGGUUUUAUGUUGGAUGUCUCCUGCUCUCGAAGCUCGAUGCAAUUUGGGCCCAUGCAGUCGGCCAGUUGGCCUUAUUUCACUCUUCAUGUAUAAUAACGAUUCUGUAAAACAUAGCAUAUAACGGCGUUCCUCAC